AUGUCUGACGAUGUAAGCGUGAACAAACAACAAAGUGAUUUACCCAGCGAAGGUAUUGUGUCAGUAUAUAAAAGUUCUGAAGAAGAAUCAGUACGCACAAAAGGCUCAAAAGUGUCAUCUGUCUACAAAAGUUCUGAGGAAUAUUUCGAGUACAUCUGUGAUCCUUGCAAAACUGUCGGAGAUCAUGCUGAGACUCAGGGAUAUUGUACUAAUUGUGAAGAAUACCUCUGCGACACCUGCUUUCGGAGUCAUUCUAGAAGCAAGUUAUCAAAACAUCACGUUCUGUUGGAUAAGGACGCUAUGCCAAAAAAGACAGCGAAACAGUGCGAUCCGUGUAAAUCAGUAGGGGACGAAAUAGAGGGAGUUGUUUAUUGUAAGGAUUGUAACGAAUAUUUGUGUGAUAGUUGUUACAAGAGUCAUACGAGAAGUAAAUUAUCGAGACACCAUAUAAUGGUAGACAAGGACAAAAUAUCCGAACAAUCCGGCCGUGAUGACCAGUUAUCAUUCGCUAAAAUCGAUAUUAGCAAAACAGACGUCGUUGACCAGAAGUCUAAAGAGGAGUAUAACUACAUCAGGGAUGUCGACAUUAAGGCCGACGUAGACAAGAAAGACUGUUAUAUCACGGAUAUGACUUUUGUCUCAGACAAUAAUCUAGUUCUAUGUGAUUAUAACAACAAAUCACUGAAAUUGGUUGAUACUGAAAAUAACAUCAUAAAAGAUGUUUUAGCAUUAGAAACAGGGCCAUGCGGAAUCACAACUAUUCCCACUGACCAUAUAGCUUUUGUACUCAGCAACAAAAGUCAGAUACAUAUUGUAUCAGUAAAUGGAGGACUAUCAGUACUUCGAACAUUAAAAACAAACGGUAUAUGUAUGGAUGUGAAGCAUGUCAAUGGAAUGUUUUAUGUGUCGUUUGCUGAACCCGUAAUGUUCCAGAUUAUUCAGAUUACAGGUGAGAUAUACAAGACAAUUAAACCUGAUUCUGAAGUUCUAAAACACAGCGCUAUUCCAAGAUACAUUGCAGUUAGUCCAGACGGGAGUCUGAUCUAUGUGUCAGACUGGAAAACUAACAAAGUAGUGUGCAUUAAUAGGCAUGGAUAUUUGAUGUCUAUUUAUCAAGGUGAGUUGGAUAACCCGAACGGUAUUGCCAUUUCUUCAUCCGGAUCAAUCUUUUUGUGUAACCGAAAUAAGCACAAUGUGGACAUGAUGACGUCAGUCCUAAAAUAA